GCCAAAUAGCCGAGAGCCUACAGGAUGCAGGGAAACCAACAGCGAGUACAAAGCUGGCUGAUUGUCUGGCUUGAUCUACCUUUCACUGAGUCUUUCGACUGAUGUUCGUCGUUCCAAUCAUUCUUCAUUAGCCCCGAGUUCGAUAGAAUUGCGUGACUUGAACCGGACUCUCGGGACGAAGGCUCCAUCAAGUUUCAUGAUGACCGGAUCACCAAAUGCUCAGUCGCCGGUGCCCGCCUCGCCCCCGGCGGCAAUGGCUGCAUCUCCCGCCAAGUCAAAGACCGCGUCACCAAAAAACCGGAGCCCAUUGCGGUCAAAAACUGCUUCACCAGUAGCGCAGAACUCACCCGCGGGCCAAGUUGCAGGCGAAGUUGCAGAUGAUAUUGAGGUUGACGAAGGACUCAGUGUCAGCGAUGGAGCUUCAACGAUUGAUGAUCAGAUAUCAUCCUAUACAGCUUCCUUAGGCUCUAGUGUGAUCGACUAUCCUGUAGAGCAUGGCCGGCGUUAUCACGCUUUCCGAGGAGGAGCUUACUAUGCUCCAAACGACGAGAAUGAGAUGGAUCGUCUUGACUUCCUCUCGACCUUGAUCUUCAAAGCCAUUGGCAAGUUGUACUUAGCUCCAAUUGAGCAGACAAAAACUCAUCGCAUCUUGGACAUUGGCACUGGAACUGGAAUCUGGGCUAUGGAGAUGGGAGACUUGUUCCCCAACGCUGAGAUUAUCGGAAACGACCUGAGCGCAAAUCAACCAACUUGGGUACCAUCAAACGUCAAAUUCGAGGUCGACGAUGUCGAAAGCCCUUGGUUGCAUACAACCAAAUUUGACUACAUUUUCUGCCGGUCUAUGGCCGGUGCUAUCGCUGACUGGCCCAAGUUGGUCAAGAAUAUUUACGACAAUACCAACGCCGGAGGCUGGGUCGAAUUCCAAGACUGGGAUCUCCUAUACCGCUCUGAUGAUGGCUCCAUCACCGAUGAGCACGAAAGUCUGAAGAUGAACAAGACGUUCAUCAGCACCUGCAGACAAAUUGGCCGUGAGCCCUGCCCGGGCCCCUUAUUCAAGGACUGGGUCAUGGAGGCCGGCUUCACCAACAUUACCCAUGAGACGUACAAACUGCCAAUUGGUACUUGGCCCAAGGAUCCCCAUUAUAAGGAUCUCGGUCUCUGUAACCUCAUCCAGAUUUUGGAUGGAUUGGAGGCCUUCAAUUUGAGAUUACUUACUGGAGUACUUGGCUGGACGAAGGAGGAGGUCAUGACUGAGGCCGACCGCCUGGACUUCUUGCAUAUGAUGAUGGUCAAGGCCACCGGAGAGAAGCUUUUUAUGGCCCCGAUUGAGGAAGACAAGAUCCACAGGAUCCUUGACAUCGGUACUGGAACUGGAAUCUGGGCAAUGCUCAUGGGUGAGGAGUUUCCAAACGCCGAAGUGGUGGGAAAUGAUCUCAGCGCUAUUCAGCCAACUUGGGUUCCGCCGAAUGUGAAGUUCGAGAUCGACGAUGUUGAAAGUCCUUGGGUCAACUCUAAGAAGUAUGACUUCAUAUUUUGCAGAGAUAUGGCUGCGUCACUUGCAGACUGGCCGAAGUUGAUGGAGAGGAUAUAUGAGAACGUGAACCCCGGCGGCUGGGUUGAGUUCCAGGACUUCAACCUGCGAUACACUUCAGAUGACGGUAGUUACACCGAACAGCACCAGACUAGCAAGUGGUCGGAGUUGUUCUUUGAUGCGUGCAAACGCAUCAACCGCGAAGCCAACCCGGGACCUAAGUUGGAGGACUGGGUCAGGGAGACUGGCGACUACGUCAAUAUCACCCACCAGAAGUUCAAGAUUCCUGUUGGGGACUGGCCGAAAGACCCCUACUACAAGGAACUGGGCAUGAUCAACCUGAUGCAGAUCUUGGACGGGCUUGAAGCGUUCACUUUGAGACUGUUCACCGGUGUACUUGGAUGGACCAAGGAGGAGGUUAUAGUACUUCUCGCAGACGUCCGUCGCGAGCUGAAGUCUAGAACCUUCCAUCCCUACAUGGAGUACUUCGUUGUCUAUGCGCAGAAACCGGAGGCGGAGGCCUGA